AUGGCAUCCCUCCGCUCAAUCGGCGUCCACAAGCCCGCCGCGCUGCAGUAUCUGGUGUCCGAGUCCAUACUGUCCGCCGAUAGUACCGAACGCGACUAUGUUUGGGACACCUACACAGACGACAGCCCCGACGGGCCGACCGAUGAAAUAGUGACCACAGAAUAUCACGUGGUAUGGUCAAGAGGGGGCAUUGUGCGCAAGGCCUUCAACUUCGAGAUUGAGAAGCAAAAGGUUAUACAAGCGCUGUUGACCUGGUUUCCCAUCGAAGUAGAGUCCCAGGCGGCCUCUGCAGCCCCGGGUGCGCUCGAAUACAGCGGAACCGAUGCGUCAAAGAGCUUUUUGACCCAGGGAACACAACCUGCGACAGACCCAAACAGUCCCACAGAGCAGGCCCCUUCAACGACCGAAGUGCGUGCCCGUGCGCUUGUUGUCUUCCUGAAGUCGCAAGCGCAUGUCUUCUUUCUCUCUGGCACCACCCACAUUGUCAACCUCGCAUUUGAGGUCGACCGAGCGUUCCCUGCGGCUCGCGGUGUCGUGAUACAGAGAAAGACUGCGUUUGAGCAACCUGCUGCACUAAGUCCACGGGUUCCCAAUGCGCCCCCGAACUCCUUCCUCACCAACAAUCAGUCUUUCCUUUCCCAGAAUUUGCUUCAGAGCUUCUCCCAGAGUUUUUCUCAGACCACCCGUCGGCAUGGUUCCUCUCUCGGACCUUCAAGAGCUGGCAAAAGCCGACAAUCUGGCUCACUAGGGUAUCUUGAAAGCUUGGGUCAAUUGGGGAAUGCAAAGGAUGAGAGCUUGCCCAGAAUCUAUUCACUCACAGACCCUUUAUCAAACCUAGGUCUGGUGGUCAACGUGCAAGCAGGUACGGAGCGGAGCGGUCUGCUUACUGUGCAGGGCUCAGGUCAUCGAAGACUCGAACCCGUUGACAAGGCUGAAGAAGUCAUUUACGUUUCUCCUCAAAAUGAAGUCUUGUUUGAUCGAAGCGGCAACGACAAACCGCUUUUGUUGGUGGUCACGGCUAAUUACGAGACGAAUGUAUUUACCAUCUGGUCGGCAGCGUACCUCGAGCCCAAAUCAAUAUCAGCUUCCAGAAAACACCAUGUCCCAUUGCCAAUUACUAAGUCUCGACGGCGCAGCUCGUAUGGCGCAACUGCACCCGGCACCGGGGCAACGACACCGGCCAUCCGGGGAGCAGAGAGGUUCAGAGAGAGCUUCGGUGGAAAGCCACGAAGCAAGACACAGCCCCCCUCGUUCAAAGAGGCGUCCAUGGGCAAGGAACGGCUGACGGACGAAGCGGUCGAGGAAGCUCUUGCCUCACAGCUGAACCCCGACUCUGAUAUCGUCCGACAACCAAAAGAGUCCAGGCGCGUCAGCGGGCUGCUCUCUCGAGCAGAAUUGUCAACAAGUUUCGACAAGUCAGCCUUCCAGGAUCUGGCCACGCAACGAAUUAGUUUGGGAGGCAAUCUUUCCGCAAGCUUUGGUGCAAGUCAGCGCAGUCGUCAUUCAAUGGGCAAUGAUCGGGCCAGCUUUGGCGGGUAUUCACAGUCCCGACAUCGAGCGUCGACCCCAGGGAGCAUCACAUCUCGCAUGAGCCUCGCAGCCUCUAUAGACGAUACGUUGGAAGACGUUAUGGACGAAGACACGUUUGAUACUAUCGAAGACUACGACGAGCUAGAUGACCUCUUCGCGCCACCAGACGCAGAGGGCGACAACCAAGAAACGAAGAGACUGCACAAGGAGAUGGUAAUGACUGUCGUUACGGAGAUACCAGCAACGCAGUACUUGAAGAGUGGAUUGUUUGCCUUGAGUGACCCCGCUCUGAGCCCCAAGGACCAACCGCGAUCGCGAGUCUUCACGUUGAAAGCACCCUUCAACUCAGCGACACUCCAUGAGCGAAAAGUAUACUUGUACAUCAACCAUGCAUCAUUGGCAAGCCCAUUGGAGUGCGAGUUGAGCGUCACACGAAAGCGACUGUCCCCAUCAGCAUCGGCAUCUCAACCUCGUUCAGUCCGCGCUGCACCCCGCUAUGCAUGUGUACCAAGAUAUGUGGACACAAGACUGCUUGAGGGCGCGCUUGACUUGGUCAAGACGCGUGACGGCCAUGUCGAACGCGUAGCCAUUCUUACGUCUACCGAUCCCCAGGAACCGUGUCUGGGCCUAGUAGCAGGCUGGGGAAAUCACUUACCACUAAAGCUACCCCUCGGGAAAUUGAAGCUGUUCGACCCAUAUAGCAUCUUCCAGCAGGAGCAAACAAGAGCUGCGGCGGGCUUGCAUCGAACAAUUACUGCAAUCGCACCACUGCAGCACUUGGUCUCCCCAGGUCCAAGUGGUAAGCUCGAAGUAGUGGAUGGUGGAUAUCGCAGACAUGGGAUCGAGCUGCGCAUGUCACCCUCCGAUACCUUUGUGGCAGACCUUUUUCGCGUGCUAUCCACAGUUCUACCCAAUCACACUGGCGAUUUCCUCCUCGAAAUAUGGUGGAAUGUCCGCAAGUCAAUCGCGGAGGAAAAGCAUGACCAAGCUAGUCUUGACUGA